AUGUUUGACCUACGAUUACUUGGACAAGGAUCCGAGCCUAAUACAGAGGCGAUCUUCAGAUCGGAGACAAUGACCUUGGUGCAAUUCUACGUUACAAUUGAAUUGGCUAGAGAUGUUGUUUUUGCUUUGGGAAAGUUGGGCAAUGUACAUUUUCGUGAUCUAAACUCCAAGCUCACGCCUUUUCAAAGGACAUUUGUAAAGGAAUUAAGAAAUAAUGAUACAGUGGAGUCAAAGUUGAAAUAUUUGACUAGUGUGAUGAUAAAAUAUGGUUCGAUGUCCGACGAUGUGUAUUUGAAUUUGCUGGCAGAUGUGGCUCCGCUUCCUUCGUCAUCUGAAAUGGACAAUAUAAAGUCUAAAAUUACUGCAAUACACGAAAGAAUUGAGCACUUAGAUAAUUCCUUCAACGGUUUAGAACUCCAAAAGAUUAAGCUAAUUGAAAAUAGAUUUGUUAUUACUGCGCUCAAUGAUUUUCACAAAUCUAGCCUUUUGGGUUACGACGAUUCAACUUUUAGUACACUUGACGAAGAUAGAGACGACGUUGCCUUACUCAAUCGAAGAAAUCAUAGUUUGGAACUUGGAAGUGAGUCGGUGAAUCUUGGAGACGCAGGAUUUGAUUCGAUUUCUGGAACGAUUUCACGAGAAAAAAUACCAUUGUUAAGAAAUAUAUUAUGGAGAACGUUGCGAGGAAAUUUAUUCUUUCAUGAUAUCGCUAUUGAGCCUGAAAAAUCUCUUCUUACAGAGACUGAAUACACGACGCUAAGUGGUAAGAGUAUUUUUAUUAUAUACAUACAUGGUGAUGUCUUGAAGAUGAGAGUUAGAAAAAUUAUUCAUUCACUAGAUGGAAUCAUAUUUGAUAACGUAGAAGGUGGCUCUGAAGCUAGGCUGGAAGUUCUUGGGGAAUUAAAUCUAAAAAUAAGCGAUUUAGAAAGUGUCGUAUCGAGCACGAAAGAUCACUUAAUUGCCGAAUUGCUUUUAUUCCGGGAAUCAUUUUCUAAUUUUUGUUACAUCAUUCAGAGAGAAGGUGCAAUUUAUGAAACAUUGAAUAAAUUUGAUGAGGACAGUACCAGAAGAUGCCUAGUGGGAGAGGGUUGGAUACCCAAAAAUCAAUUCAGUUUAAUUCGCCGUACACUCAAAAACUUAAUCAAAGAAAAGACUCGUCCGUCUUUACCUCAUACGUCUGAUUCUCAAGAAUCGGUUAUAUUGUCUGCAGAUGAACAAUCUACACCGGGAUCUAAUGCAUCUCCCCCUCCCACUAACCAUAUUUCAUCUCCUUUCACAAUCGAGGAUGGCGAAAGCGACGCAGAAGAUGGUAGCUAUGACGCUUUAAUUGCAGUUAUGAAUGAACUUUCAACAAAUCGUACUCCUCCUACUUAUCAUAAGGUCAAUAAGUUUACCUCUGCAUUUCAGCUGAUCAUCGAUGCAUAUGGUAUUGCGACUUACCAGGAAGUAAAUCCUGGCUUAGCUACCGUGGUGACUUUCCCUUUUAUGUUUGCUGUUAUGUUUGGGGAUUUAGGUCAUGGUUUUAUCGUUUUGUUGAUUAGUUUGUACUUGAUCAAAAACGAAAUUAGUUUUGGAGCUCAAAGAAACAAAGAUGAAAUCUUUGAAAUGGCAUUCAACGGAAGAUAUAUUCUAUUGUUAAUGGGGAUUUUUUCUAUGUACACCGGAUUCAUGUACAACGAUAUUUUUUCUAAAUCAAUGACUAUAUUCAAGUCUGGAUGGGAGUGGGAUUUCCCAAAAAAUUAUGACCCUGUUACUGGAGGAUCAAUAACAGCCAAAAAAAUACCUGGCCGUACUUAUCUAUUUGGUUUAGAUUGGGCGUGGCAUGGGGCGGAAAAUAAUUUGUUAUUUACGAACUCAUAUAAGAUGAAAUUAUCCAUCUUAAUGGGAUUUGCUCAUAUGAAUUAUUCGCUAUUCUUCAGCUUAGUCAAUUAUAGAUAUUUCAAAUCAAAGGUUGAUAUUAUUGGGAAUUUUAUACCUGGAUUUUUAUUUAUGCAAAGUAUUUUUGGAUAUUUAUGCCUUACUAUUAUUUAUAAAUGGUCGGUUGACUGGUUGGGUACUGACCGUCAACCACCUGGCUUACUUAAUAUGUUGAUCAACAUGUUCCUAGCUCCAGGGAAAAUUGAGGAACCUCUUUACGCCGGUCAGAAGUUUGUUCAAAUAAUCCUAGUCUUGAUUGCUGCGAUCUGUGUGCCAUGGUUAUUAUUGUACAAACCGAUGACUCUAAAGAAGCAAAAUAACAAAGCUCUUGAAUUGGGCUACAGCGAUUUACAUUCGCAAAUUAAUCACAAUAUUCAACUUCAUGAAGAAGAAGAAGCAAUUGAGUUAGAGAAUGAUUUAAAUCAUGAUCCUCAGGAUGAAGUGGAUCUAUUGAACGAUGACUUCAGGUUCCCAAAUGACAUCGAACCGCUCAAUCAUAAUUCAGCUUCUCACGGUGAUCAUGAGGAGUUCAAUUUUGGAGACAUCGUUAUUCAUCAGGUUAUUCACACCAUUGAGUUUUGCCUUAAUUGUGUUAGUCAUACUGCGUCAUACUUGAGGUUGUGGGCUUUAUCGUUGGCACAUGCUCAAUUAUCGUCGGUUUUAUGGUCUAUGACCAUCCAAAAUGCAUUCUAUUCUCUGGGAACUGCCGGAGUCGUUAUGACCGUGCUUCUAUUUGGGCUUUGGUUCAUUUUAACCGUCUGUAUCUUAGUUUUAAUGGAAGGUACUUCUGCCAUGUUGCAUUCUCUAAGAUUACAUUGGGUUGAAGCUAUGUCCAAAUUCUUUGAAGGUGAAGGAUAUGCCUACGAACCAUUCACAUUUUCGUCGAUAGAAGUGUAA